GUUCCGGGAACAGGACGGGGCGUGGCCAGGACCGGGGCAAGAAGGGAGGAGGGUCCCUAUUCUCGCCCUCCCCUCUUGCCCCCGCAAUUCCGACGGGAGAUGCUGUAGGUUGUUGCCAGCCCCAGUUCGGGCUCCAGCUCCGGUCCUGACCUUGGCCCCACGAAGGCGACGGAGCGACCAGUCAUGUGUCCAUUUUGAUCUUCUCUUGGUAAAUGGUGUAAGAUGUUGGUCUAUGAUCAGUUUCCACUGUUGUCUUCCGAGUGAUGAUGACAAGUAAUGGAGUUUGGACUUUGUGAGAAAUGGAAGCCUUUCGUGAGUAGGGAAACAAUAUGGUCAGAACUCUACCUUGGGAAGAUUACUCUGGCAGCUCCAAAGGUGAGACGUGUGGGUUGUUCACAUCCUGUCCAGAGUUCUGCUGUGGGAAUUGCCUCCUCCGGUACUGUUGCUCUGACGAGCUGAAGAAAUUUGAUGAUCACGACAUUUUGUGCCUGAAUGACAGAUCAAUAGAGUGGGAAGAAAAAGACAGAAAAAUGACAUUUGAUAUUGACUUUGACCAUAACCCCUCACCAGGUUUCGGGACAUUCGUGGGCAUUGGAGCAACCAUCUUUGUGCUCAUUGUGGUCACCAUCAUCCUCUGUUUAACGUGUUCCUGCUGCUGUUUGUACAAGAUGUGCCGAAGGCCCAGACCUGUGGUGACGACCACUUCGACUACGGUGGUCCACUCUGCAUACCCUCAGCAGCAAGGUGUGCCUCCUGGUUACCCAGGGGCCAUGUACCAGGGCUACCAACCUAUGCCUCUCCAGCCAGGGAUGCCAGUGGCGCCUUAUCCAGCCCAGUACCCACCACCCUACCCUGCCCAGCCAGCUGGACCUCCUGCCUACCACGAGACUCAGCCCGCAGGUGCUGGAGCACCGUACCCUGUCAGCCAGCCUCCAUACAACCCUGCCUAUGUGGAGCCUCCGAAGACUGCCUAUUGAGCUUCUGUGCUCUGGCCCUAAAACCCCCUCCCACCUCUUUUCCUCCUUCCUGCCUGUCAGUGUGUUUUUGAGCACGUGGGUAUGUGUGUCUGUGUUGUGUCCUCUUCUCCAAGUAAAUGCAAGCUGUAUGUUGUACUUGUAACAUUCUAUUUCACCACAAUAUAUGAGCUGGGAUGAGAGACAGUGAAAUGUGACAUUUCCUAGAAAUUUCCUCAGAUCAUUCUGGAAAAUUGGUUGGUGUGAUUUUUUUCCGAGUCACAGGACAAAAGGAGGAGAUUUGUGAAACCAGUGUUAGGGCAGUGUUUGAAGGGCAAUCACAAGGCACAUGUUGAAAAGAAUGGAUGAAAAUACCCAUGUGAGCACUCGGCUUUUCACCAUGGUGUGAGUCGCUGAUUUUGAUUUGAAGAUCAGAAGAGGCUCUCCAUCUUCCUGCUGGUUCCUGAAGGCCUCACAGAGCCCACGUCCUCCACAGUGCCCUGCUCAUCAGAGGGAGGGGAGCAGCGGCUUCGGACUGAUCCGAAGAAGUGGCCGGUGGCUUUGGGUCUGUGACCCUGUCAGCUUUAGGGUAUUCCUUUAAAAUUCACAUCAGGUGUGUACAUGCCAAAAGACAUUUUCAGAUGCCACUACAUAAUUCACUCUGGGCUCCUCGGGCCUCUGCUCCUUCCAUCUCAGGGUGCCUAGGCCUCCCUCUCCAUCCAGUCUCCACGUGGAAAGAGGAAUAGGUGGGACCGUAAUCCUCUUAACUGCUGAGAGGAACUUGGAGCCAACUAUCAGUGUGCAUGUAUGUGUGUUCUGGGAUGUGGGGGAGGAUCCUCUUGGAUCAGAGGCCUGACUUGUUCUGUUGAUGUAGUCAUUAAAUAAAUUUGGCCUGCACUUGGCAGAAGAUAUAAAUCUUGCCCUUUCCUCUGCCAGAGAGGGGAGAUAAAAUGGGGCUAGGUUCGUCUCAGUUCUAUUUGCUGCUCUCUCCCAUUCAUUCCCUUGUCAGGAAGGACAUCCAGACUCAGGUUUGUCAACCCUUGUUUUCUUGUUUUUAAACUUUAUCCCAGCAUUGGUACCCGUGUUUGUCUCCUGAGGCAAAAGAUUUUGAUGACAUUUAAGCUGCAAGUAGCAUAUGCUCAGGCUUGCCAAGGGUAGAGAAGGGGCUCAUGCCCCAAAGGAGAGGGGGCCAACUAGAUUCCCUACCCGUGCCCUCUUUAUUCUUCUCUGAUUUGAGGGGAUUGGAUACAGGUGGAUUUUUAGGAAGGAUUUAGAGGAAUGGCACUAAAGGCUGGGUGUUUGGCUGGGUCCUGUCUGGCAGGGGUAGAUGGGUAUUUGGUUUCAGGGCACAGGACUUUUCUGGUCUCAUCCUUUGGCUACUUUUGUUCUCUCAUUUGUAUGUAACCUGUUGCCUCUGUGUUUUCUGUGAUGGGGCCUGUUCCUGUUUGGGCCAAGCUCCUAUUUGUAAUAAACCUAUGGAUUUGAAAA